AUGGCCGCCGAUGCCGCUUCUAUACAGCAAAUCAUCACCCUCUUCACUCAUCUGAAUACGAGCUCAGCUCGACAGGAUGCGUAUCAUCGCAUUCUAGACCUAUUGAACCCCCAUGAAUGGCGCGAUGUACAAAAGCGUACCAAUCAGCGCUCCUUUCAAAUGGAUCUUCUAGCGGAAUCCCCCCCAGAAAUCGCAGUUCAAAUCGCUCAGUAUCUCGACCUUUCUGACCUCCAUAUCCUUCAUAGAGUCUCUAGAAAGUGGCACCAGCUACUCUCGUCAGAAUUGAUCCAGGGUGCUGUAUACCAGCAAUACACAGGGCAUGUGCUCGCAGCAGAACAUGUCCCAGCUGACCACUUCACCCAAUAUGCCAAGUAUAGAAUCCGGCUGGAGCGUGGUCUACCCAUCUGCAAUCUCCAGGCCUCCAACCUCUUUCCGACAGAUGGCUCAAAGCUUGAAUGCUUGGAUUACGCCAAUGGAAGGUGUGCUUGGCUAGACAACGGCACCCAUGUCGUCGUGCACGAUCUCUGCAAGCGCUCCACCCAGCGUUUCUGCACGGAGAAUCGAGAUUCUUUCUGGGAUUUGCGUCUCUCCGAUUCCAUGGUGGUCGCAAUCAGCGCGCGUGCAUACUGCCACGCCUGGAACCUCGAGACGGAAGAACACGCCUCGUUCCGCAUCCCCGCUUUCAGCUUUCGGAUCUUCAUUGUUAGUGGUCUCAAGGUUGCUCUGAGUAUCAGUUAUUGUUCUCCAGCUGGUGACGAGGAGAGCAAGAUCUAUUACUGGGACAUGGGCUCGCGAGCCGCUCGUACCAUCGAUGUAACUUCCCACCUGGCAUUGAUAGGCCUGCAACCCAGCACCAACAGCGUGACUACUCUCGUCCUCGAAAAAGGAGAUGAUCCCAUGAACACUCACCAUUCGCCUUGGGACAGACUACGUGUCGUAAAACACACCUUUGAUGACCACGGACGCAUCACCAGUCCACUUCCCCCCUAUACACUACACUUACCGUCCCCUAUUCAAUCUGACUGGAGCAUUGCGGAUAUAUCAAACAGUUCUGCUAGCAACUUGGCUGUCUUUAUCUGCAAACCGCCGUCUCAACUCAAUACGCCGUCGUCGACAACGACAGCGUCCAACUUGCACCAUGUCCUUGUAGUUUCAUACGACCCGCAGCGGGACAAAAUCCACAUGCACACAUUGCUCCAGGAAGAAUGCACACCUUACUUCCCCUUUUGCAUGACCGUGCUGGACGGCGGUCUUCUCUACUAUGUGAAGAGCGAUAGGGGGAAACCGGCUAUCUGGAUCUUCAACCCAGCGUCCCGAAUCCCUCAUCGCCCGGCCAAAUCUAUGAGUCUCGGGCUGCCCCGAGAAGCCUCGGACUGCAUUUACUCGAACCUCUUCACUCUCCGCGGCGAUAGGGAAUUCAUUCUCCUGCUCCACGAGAUUGAUGUGAAAGUGUGGCGGUUCAAGGACGUACAUCCUCCAGAGUCUACCGAUCUGGCGCUUCUAGCAGCGUGAGGGGUAUUAUCACCCAACGACACCAAAGGGGGCACAGAAAAAGGGAAAAUACAUUUGACAUAAGAAAAUGAACCUAG